ACGGAGCAAUCAUGGCCAAAUCAUUACACAAUUCUUCAAGAAAAUACAGAACUAUCUCCUUCAGUACCGACAUCUUUGCUUCCUGUCGAGUUUCGAAACCCGGGGAAACUGGGCAUCACCCACACUGCAAUUCGAGUUACCAAAAAUCCAAGAUGGCGAACAAGCGCAUGGUGUACGUUGGUGGAUUAGCAGAAGAAGUUGACGAAAAAGUCCUUCAUGCUGCAUUUAUUCCGUUCGGAGACAUAACAGAUGUUCAGAUACCAAUGGACUACUCAAGUCAGAAGCAUAGAGGGUUUGGAUUUGUGGAAUUUGAGCUCGCAGAAGACGCGGCAGCCGCCAUUGAUAACAUGAACGAGUCUGAGCUCUUUGGCCGUACAAUUAGAGUAAACAUAGCCAAACCAAUGAAGAUCAAAGAAGGCUACAGUCGUGCAGUGUGGAGCGAAGAUAGCUGGCUAAGUAAACACGCAGGGCAGACUUUGGAAGACGCUGACAUGAAAAAUGCGGAGGAAAAAGCAAAGGAAACCAGCGAGGAAGGAAUGGCAAAGAAAAAAGGAAAUCCACGAGUUUUCUUUGAUUUAACCAUUGGGGGACGCCAGGCAGGAAGAAUAACUAUAGAACUAAGGCACGAUGUCGUUCCUAUGACUGUAGAGAACUUUCGCUCUCUUUGCACCCACGAGAAAGGUUUUGGUUACCGGGGAAGUAUUUUCCACCGUGUGAUACCGCAAUUCAUGUUACAGGGAGGGGAUUUUACAAAGCACGAUGGCACGGGAGGAAAGUCAAUAUAUGGUCAAAAAUUUGCGGACGAAAACUUUGUGCUCAAACACACUGGAGCUGGUGUGCUAUCCAUGGCAAACUCCGGGCCGAACACUAAUGGUUCCCAAUUUUUUAUCACCACUGAAAAAACUGACUGGUUGGAUGGAAAGCAUGUUGUGUUUGGUCAUGUUAUUGAUGGAAUGGAUGUUGUGAGGAAGGUGGAAGCAACUGGCUCACAAAGUGGUAAAACAAGCAAAAAAAUUGUGAUUGAAGAUUGCGGCGAGUUGUAACAGAAUCAAGUACACUUUUAGGAAAACCUCUUUUGUUCUAAUGUAUACUUACAUGUAUUUGUGAGUACAGCCUAGUUAAAAUGUGGAAGUUACUGGAAGAUACAGCUAAAGGCAUAUCCAAACACAGACAUAUGGAUAAACUUGUGAUGUCACAAAAAAUGUUCGGUGUGUAGCCAGGCAUGUUAAAAAUUGGUAAAAAGGAAUUAAAUGGUUGUCACUGGCUAAAAAUAUGGUUAUCGGACGUUUCGGCCACU